CUCUGUGUCUGAAACCAGAAUUAGUGAACGGAAGGUUGUCUGUGGAUAAGAAUCAGUAUGUUGAGCCUGAAAAUGUCACCAUCCAAUGUGAUUCUGGCUAUGGUAUCGUUGGUCCCAAAAGCAUCACUUGCUCUGAGAACAGAACCUGGUACCCAGAGGUGCCCAGGUGUGAGUGGGAGACCCCUGAAGGCUGUGAACAAGUGCUCGCAGGCAAAAGACUCACGCAGUGUCUUCCAAACCCAGAGGAUGUGAAAAUGGCCCUGGAGGUGUAUAAGCUGUCUCUGGAAAUUGAACAACUGGAACUACAGAGAGACAGGGCAAGAAAAUCCACUUUGGAUAAAGAACUAUAAUUUUUCUCAAAAGAAGGAGGAAAAGGUGCCUUGCUGGCUUGCCUCUUGCAAUUCAAUACAGAUCAGUUUAGCAAAUCUACUGUCAAUUUGGCAGUGAUAUUCAUCAUAAUAAAUAUCUAGAAAUGAUAAUUUGCUAAAGUUUAGUGCUUUGAGAUUGUGAAAUUAUUAAUCAUCCUGUGUGUGGCUUAUAUUUUUGCUUUUCAAGAUACAAAGCACAAUCUUUUUCUCGAUUAAAAAUGUACGUUAUAAAAA